AUACUGCUAAAGCAUUUCUUGUGGCUGAUAUCUUAUCCUGUACUCCAGGUAUUCUACUCUUACGCAUACUCCACCGCGGGAUGGCUCUCGCUACAAGCCAUACCUUUGAUUGGAAUGCCACAGAUGAUCGCAAGAAUCAUGCUAGAAGAAGCCAGGCAGCCGUCGCAAAUUGAGGUCUACUUCGCUCGUUGCCUCGGCUUCAGUCUGCUCACGAUCGCCGCCUUGACCAUCAUGCUGACUGGUUCCAUCCCUCUCAGCUCAGCGGUUUCAGAAGCGGUCUCAACCGAGGACUCCGACCCUAAGGCUCCGUAUGCUGUUCCUACGUUGGUAGUAACGUCCGUCUACCACGCCAUUUCGGCCUUUUAUGCGUACACCUGGUAUACUACCACCGACCAAGUGGUCUUCGCGGUGGCCAUGGUGGGAUACUUUGCCGUCGGGUCCCUUGGGUUGUGGUGUACGCUUUUUGCCACCAGCCAUGGGAAGAUCAGUCGCAAGACGGGAGCUGACAAGAGGACUACGGGGUACCCGUUUGACAACAGAGUGGCAGAGAGGAAGCAUGUGGAGAAGAGUGAAUAA